GCCUUCAGCGAAGCUGAUUGAGCAAAUAGAAGAGCUCUGCAACAGGUUCCCUGCCGGCUUUACAAAGCCUGAGGGGGUCCAAGAGCUGGACAUCGACAUUGCAGAGUUGCAACUUCGCCGGUACGAGACGCUCCAGAGGGCGAAGCGCAAACUGCGCGUUUGCCUCCGCUGGAUGAAGCUCAAGCAGGGCGAAGUGAAAGUCCACGCAGAGGAGGUUGUGAAGGAUGAGGUGGUGAAGGAAGCCUCACAGCGCAACUCUGAUAAGCCAGACUCAUUGAAGCCCAUUGCAGACAUAGAAGAAAAGGCGAAGCCAAA